AUGGAGAAAUCAGCUGACAUGGAGGGCCUUUGGGGUGAGCUUUAUCCUAAGCAUAAUGUUCAGCAUUAUAGUGAUGAAGCUGAACCUCACAACAGGAAUUAUACCUUCCCUGAAUGUUUCUGCUGGCCUCUUGGGUUUUUUCUUUGUGAAGACCUGGACAAAGUUUCUGAAUUAUUCUGGCUUCUUGAAUCAGCCAUUAACCAGACAAGAGAACACUGUCAUCCAGACAUGUGUUGUGUCCUCCUCUGGCAUCGCCUUUACUGGUUUCAGAUAAUGGUCAUAGACUUCAAAUUGACAUAUCCAAGUGGAACUGCAUCUGCCCAAAUCAUCAAUAGCUUCCACACCCCUGAAGGAGCCAAGCUGGCAAAGUUUUUCUUCGAUCUCUCAGUGACAUAUGUAGGGGUAGGAAUGAUUUGCCCGUACAUUAUUAAUGUAUCUGUCUUGCUUGGAGGAAUUCUUUCAUGGGGUGUAAUGUGGCCUCUGAUACAAACUAGAAAGGGUGGUUGGUAUCCUGAAGAACUUACCCCGGAAAGUUUAUACGGUCUUCAAGGUUACAAGGUAUUUAUAUCCAUUGCCAUGAUCCUGGGGGAUGGUCUGUACAACUUCUGCAAGGUACUAAGCCGAACCCUUAUGGGCUUGUAUAUUCAUCUCCAGGGUAAAGAUCCCAAAACGGCUCUUCCAGUGGAUGGCAAUCCUCCUCCCAAGACCUCGACGGUCUCCUACGACGACCAGCGUCGCACCCAACUCUUUCUAACAGAUCAGAUUCCAACAUGGUUUGCUGUCGCAGGCUAUGUUGCUACUGCUACCGCCUGUACUACUAUUCUUCCACUCAUCUUUCCCCAACUGAAGUGGAACUACAUAUUGGUCGUCUAUGCUUGCGCACCAACUUUAGCUUUCUGUAAUGCUUACGGAUGCGGACUAAUGGAUUGGUCCCUCACGUCCACGUAUGGAAAACUUGCCAUUUUCAUGAUUGGGGCAUGGGCUGGAGCCGCACACGGUGGAGUUUUAGCAGGGCUAGCAGCAUGCGGGGUCAUGAUGAACAUUGUCGCAACAGCAUCUGAUCUGAUGCAAGAUUUAAAGACAGGCUACCUAACCCUGGCUUCACCUAGAUCCAUGUUUGUCAGCCAAGUCAUUGGCACAGCAAUGGGUUGCAUAAUCUUUCCGUGUGUCUUUUGGCUCUUCUACAAGGCUUUUGAUGACCUUGGCCUUCCUGGAAGUCAGUAUCCUGCUCCCUUCACUGUCGUACACCGUAAUAUGGCUAUAUUGGGGGUGGAGGGUUUUUCGACUCUGCCGAAGAAUUGCCUUAAGCUUUGUUACAUCUUCUUCUGUGGAGCUAUCCUCAUAAACAUAUUCAAGGAUGUAAUGGAGAAAAAAAGCAAAAAGUUUGCAAAGUUCAUUCCUCUUCCAAUGGCUAUGGCCAUACCUUUCUAUAUCGGGUCAUAUUUUGCCAUUGAUAUGUGUGUUGGAAGCCUGAUUUUGUUCGUUUGGAGAGAGAUGAACAAGGCCAAGGCAGAUGCUUUUGCACCAGCUGUAGCUUCUGGUUUAAUUUGUGGAGAUGGAAUAUGGACUUUGCCCAACUCAAUACUUGCUCUUGCAGGGGUUAAAGCACCAAUUUGUAUGAGGUUCUUCUCUAGGUCAACUAAUACCAGGAUCGAUAACUGGUUAGGAUCCCAGUCAUAA